UUACAAUAAAACCGUUUGUUUUGUUCUAUAUACAGUUUAUUUUUGAAAAGUGGUCAAGGACAUCGGUCUGCAAUGUUGAAGACAAUAUUUUCGACUUGCCUGUUUUUUUCUGUGGUGAUCGCCAGGCACGAGCAAUAUGAAGGCUAUGCCCUGUAUGAAGUUACAAUAACCAAUGAAGAGCAAGCGAAACUAAUCAAGCAGUUGGAGAAUCAGAUUCCUGUCGAUGUCUGGACUCAUCUUGUACCCGGUAAUACUGGACAAAUCCUCGUCCCAAAAGACCAGAGGAAGGAGUUUCAAAACGAACUCUCAGCUAUUGGAAUAGAAUACAAAAUUGAAACAGACAAUAUUAGAGAACAACUGCUACUUGAAGAUGAAUUGCUUGCGGCUGCAUCGAAAAAUAGGAACGGGUUCAGUUCCAGAAUUGGUCUCUCUUUUGACACCAUUCACAAUUACAGUGUGGUUGAUCAAUAUCUGGUGGACUUGGCUAGUCAGUACCCUGAAACAGUCACCGUGGUAUCAGGUGGAAGAAGUUUCGAAGGCAGGGACAUUAAAUACUUGAAGAUUUCUACAACUAACUUCGAGGAUAGAAGCAAGCCCAUCGUAUACUUGGAAUCACUUAUUCAUGCUCGCGAGUGGAUCACUCUCCCCGCAACCUUAUACGCAAUUGAAAGACUCGUCAUCGAUGUAACAGAACAGGAUCUUCUAGAGGAUAUUGACUGGAUUAUUUUACCUAUUCUUAACCCUGAUGGAUAUGAAUUCACCCACACCGAAAAUCGAUUUUGGAGGAAGAACCGUGCUACUAAUUACACGGAUGGAGACAGCUGUUUGGGUGUGGAUCUCAAUCGCAACUUCGGUAUCUUCUGGGGGGAAGCAUCUAGUGUUAACGUUUGUUCUGAGACCUUUCAUGGUUUGGGACCAUUUUCCGAAUCAGAAACAUCAGUUGUCCAGAACAUUUUAGCAGAGUACGGUUCUCGAAUUGAAAUCUUCUUUGACAUCCACAGUCAUGGUAGCUUGAUCUUGUACGGUUAUGGACUAGGUGCAUUGCCCCCAAAUGCCCUUGUUAUUAAUUAUGUUGGAGUUACUAUGGCUCAUGCGAUCGACAAUGUUAAAUGGGAUUCAAAUAAAGAUUAUACUGUUGGUAAUGUUUACUAUGUACUGUACGCCGCAUCAGGAAUUGCCAGUGAUUAUGCUCUAGGUAUAGGAAUACCACUAUCAUAUACUUAUGAGCUACCAUCUUACAGAGGUAGCAGUGGUUUGAAUGGUUUUCUUGUUGAUCCUGAAUUUAUUGAACAAGCUGGCUUCGAAACAUGGGAGGGUCUAAAAGUAGGAGCUAGGUAUGUGAGAGAUCUUGAUAAAAGAAGACACCGUCAUUGAUGUAUUAUAACUGAUUUUAUAUUAUACUGGUUAUAUAUUAUAUUGAGUGAAAUAAAAUUUUAAAUGAAUUAACAAA